AUGGUUGAAAAGGCGGAUGUAAUUUACUUGUCCGUAUCAACCACAUCACCAAAAGUAACAAUAGAAAUAGCAUCAAUAGCCGCAAUCAUUCAAUUCUCUUGUGAUUUAGUCGUAUCAAACAUCGUAUACGAUGUAUCAUUGAACUUCUCCUCCGUCAAGCUUCCGUUCACAUGGCCACUAAAAAAAACAAUUCGUGACGUUCUUUUUGCUAAACAUGAUAACCCAAUAGCUAUCGAAUUGGUUAGUAAGGAUUGUCGUUUGACCGUCUUUAGAAAAAAUGAUCAUAAUUGUCGUGAUGAUUGGUACGAUCAUGUAAAAAAUUGGAGAACAGAUAUGCCAAAUCGUUUUCAUUUGAUGUUGAGCGAAUUGGUGGAAAAUGUUUCCGCUCAUGCUAAAUUGGAAGCAUCGAGAUUCUGUUUCACCGCUGGUUUAUAUUUCGCCAAUAAAAAGCUUUAUUAUUGCAUAGCAGAUUCAGGUGUUGGACUUCGUGGUUCACUUCGUGAAGCAAUAGUUACCGAUGCAAAAAAUGUUGCAGCUCGUGCAUGUGCCUUAAAUUUAACAAGACCGCAAUUCACAUCAAAAGGUAUCGAAAGAGGUCAUCAAGGCGUCGGUUUGUUUAUUACUAGUGAUUUGGCUCAAAUGAAUAAAGGUUAUCUUGAAAUUCUCUCCGGUAAACAAGAAUACGAACAAAGAGAUACAACAGUGAUGCGUAUGCGUGGUAUGGCAGAAUGGAAAGGAACAAUGGUACAUGGUGCAAUCAAUCUCGACCAAGGUUUUAAUUAUCGGGAAGCAAUGAAACGUUUUGAAAAUCCAUCAAAACUCCAAAAUGAUCGAUUUUUUGUUUGUAAUGUACAUUUGAACGUCUACGGUCAACGAACUUUGAGAACCAGAGAACUUUGCGAAGAGAUUAUCCGAGAUUUAGAAUUGGCCGCCCAACGAUCACCAAAAAUCAUUUUAGACUUUACCGAGAUCGAUGAAAUUAGUCAAGCUUUCCGUGGUUUCCUACGACAAUUCGUCGUCAAUCAUUCAAAAGUAAAACUCAUGAUCAUGGUGCCAUCUGACGCCGACGAAGAAUUAAAAGAAGAUUUACAAGAAUGA